CCAUCUCUCUCACCCUGUCGCUCGCCUCCACCGCCGCACUGCCCAUCUCCCUCCCUAUUUAUGGCUCCGUCGCAUCGCCUCCAAUCACAUCAUCGCCCACUACACACCGCUCCCAAUGAAUCCAGUGAGAACGCCAACCAUCUUCUUCUACCACCAGCACUAGCACUGCUUGCUACGAUCGAAUCGUAUCAUUAUAUCAUUCCCCUUCCAAUUCCCAACCACUAGCAAGAAGAGGAACAGGAAAGAAAAGAUCUUCAGUCCGAGAGUUGCUUGGUCUGAUCGCCCGCCAUGGAGAAUCCGCCGCACGGGGAGCAGGAGACUACUGCAACUACUAUUUCAAUGCAGAACCCUGCUGCAUCUGAUCAACGACAGCGGCCGCAUCUCUCGAUUGACAUCCCGGCAGCAAGCUUGCCUGAUCAUCUCCUGACACCGACACCAACAGAAGCAGACAUCAACCCAGCUCCUGGCUCUAACACCAACAGAGGGCCAAGCAUCCCCAUCGCACCUGGUUCUUCCUCCAUCAGGAGCAGUGCUCCCCCAAGGCCGCAACGCUCGCCGUCGUUUAUGUUGAGGCGGACAGUCAAGAGCCUCUUGCCUGUAGGAAGCUUCAAGUCAUCAGUCAAGGGAUAUGAGGCAUCCUUCUCCAAGUUUUUCAAUUCUAGGAUUUCCAGGACUUCGUCGCUCCCGUUGGAUGAUGUUUCAGGGGUGGAUGCUCUGUCACACCAAGUGGAUAAAUCAUCAACUAGUUCUACCACUGAAAAAGCACUUCACAUAUGCCGCUCGCAGUCCCUCCCCAUGACCAUGAAGAAAUCCAAUGCAAAGAGCUUCAAGAGGAUGGACUCAUUAGGUGGCAUGUACCGCAUAGUUCCUUCGACACCGCGAGUCCCAGCCGCAAGCAAUGUCGUUCCAGACAUAGUCCCUACUGAAUCAGGGAUUGGCGAAGACAAUGGCGAGGACAUACCAGAGGAAGAGGCAGUGUGCCGGAUCUGCAUGGUUGAGCUGUCUGAAGGGAGUGACACCCUGAAACUGGAGUGCUUCUGCAAGGGUGAGCUUGCUCUAGCUCACAAGGACUGUGCCGUGAAGUGGUUCAGCAUCAAGGGAAACAGGAACUGUGAGGUGUGCAAGCAGGAGGUCCAGAACCUCCCCGUCACCCUGCUACGUGUUCAGAGCACGCAGCGAGAGAUGAACCGUGUCAGCAACGGUGGCAACAGAUCAAGAUACGAUCGGUACAGAUUGUGGCGUGGAACACCAAUUCUUGUAAUCAUAAGCAUUCUGGCCUACUUCUGCUUCUUGGAACAAUUAUUGGUUGCCCAUAACGGUAUUGCUGCAUUGGCGAUAUCGCUACCCUUCUCGUGUAUCCUGGGCCUCUUCUCCUCAGUGACCACAACUAGCAUGGUGGCAAGAAGAUACGUUUGGAUCUAUGCAGCAGUUCAGUUCCUCUUCGUUGUGUUCUUCACUCAUCUGUUCUACAGAUAUCUCCAUUUGCAGGCCGUGAUAUCCAUCAUCCUGGCCACCUUUGCCGGGUUCGGCGUGGGGAUGACCGGGAACUCCAUCAUCGUUGGGAUACUACAAUGGAGGAUAAGGCGGGUGGCGCCUCCGACCAACGCCCGUCGUGGUCGCAGGGCGCGCUCAGCGCAGCAGCAGGCUCCGGCGUCCGGUCAACCCUCCAGCCAGCCUUCAGCUGCCGACGGCAGGAACCGUAAUGCCGUCGCCGGCGAUGUAGAGAAUCCAGCCAUCCCUCAAGCAUAGAACAUAUGCUGUUUCUAGCUAUCUAGCAGCUGUAGUUUACCUGGGAGGUUGGGACCUUACUUUAGUGUAUAAAUGGUAGAACAGAGUUGGCCUGGAAAUAUUUUCAUGCUGAAGAACAUGCAAAUAUUUUUCUUUUCGGGUUUUUUGCAGCAUGUGUAAAGGAACUAUGUUUAAAUUACCUUAAAGGCAGGUUUGGAGAACAAGAAUUUGGCAGUCCCCAAAAUCA